UUAGAAUAGUAAUUUUGAUCCAUAAGCAAAUUAGACAUGAUAUGCUCAAUUUACGUUAAUGAUAACUGACUAUUGCUAACUAUGUUUUGCUGUCUACCUUCUCUUCCAUUCGGGUGACACAGUACUGAGAUGCUUACUGGGUAACACUUUAUUAAGCUCUUAAAAGAAGGGUGGUAAGAAAAUUAAUUUCACGAAGAUUUGUAUAGUUCUAGAAAUCUCUGAGGGUAGGAUUACAAAGAAAGGGAAGAAAAAAAAAUCCUCAACAUUAAAGAAUCUUCAUGCAGGUCAUGGCCUCUAGAAUUCUUUCAACUCUACAUUAUGUGUGUUCUUCUUCUGCCUCAGCCACAAAACGAUGUUUAGGCCUAUAUAGUCAUUGGCAGAGAAGUAUAAGUGGAAUUGCUGCGUCUGUUGUUGCUGAUGUGGAGCCUAGCAUAGCACCAGUGCAAAUUGAUCAAAGUCAGCUUCUAAUUGAUGGGAAAUUUGUUGAUGCAGCUUCUGGAAAAACUUUUCCAACUUUUGAUCCUAGGACUGGAGAUGUAAUUGCCAAUGUUGCUGAAGGAGAUGCUGAAGAUGUAAAUCGCGCUGUCCAUGCUGCUCGCAAGGCUUUUGAUGAGGGACCAUGGCCAAAGAUGACAGCUUAUGAAAGAUCACGUAUAAUUUUGCGCUUUGCUGAUUUAUUGGAGAAACACAAUGAUGAAGUUGCAGCCAUAGAAACAUGGGAUAGUGGCAAGACUUAUGAACAGGCUGCAAAUGUUGAAAUACCCAUGGUAGUACGAUUGUUCCGAUAUUAUGCAGGUUGGGCGGAUAAAAUUCACGGUCUAACAGUUCCAGCUGAUGGACCAUACCAUGUCCAAACUUUGCAUGAACCAAUUGGUGUAGCAGGGCAGAUUGUUCCUUGGAAUUUCCCACUUCUUAUUUUUUCAUGGAAGGUUGCACCUGCAUUAGCUUGUGGUAAUACAGUUGUAAUGAAAACUGCAGAGCAGACACCCCUUUCAGCCCUAUAUGUGUCAAAGCUAUUUCUUGAGGCAGGACUUCCUCCUGGAGUUCUGAAUGUUAUCUCUGGCUUUGGUCCUACUGCUGGUGCAGCACUGUGUAGUCAUAUGGACGUUGACAAGCUUGCUUUCACAGGAUCCACUAGCACUGGUAAACGUGUACUUGAACUGUCUGCACACAGCAACCUGAAGCCAGUAACUCUGGAGCUGGGUGGAAAAUCUCCAUUCAUUGUGUGCAAGGAUGCUGAUGUUGAUGCAGCCGUUGAGGCUUCACAUUUUGCUUUAUUUUUUAAUCAGGGGCAAUGUUGCUGUGCUGGUUCUCGCACAUUUGUCCAUGAAAGCAUAUAUGGUGAAUUUGUUGAAAAGGCUAAAGCCCGUGCUCUUAAACGAGUAGUUGGAGACCCUUUCAAAAAUGGGGUUGAGCAAGGUCCUCAGAUUGAUUCUGUGCAAUUCGAGAAGAUCAUGAAAUACAUAAGAUCAGGCGUUGAAAGUGGUGCUCAACUGGAAUCUGGUGGUCAAAGAAUUGGCUCCAAAGGCUACUACAUCCAACCCACUGUUUUCUCAAAUGUUCAGGACAACAUGUUGAUAGCAAAAGAUGAGAUAUUUGGUCCAGUACAAUCUAUCUUGAAAUUCAAGGAUCUAGAGGAAGUGAUAAGAAGAGCCAAUGCAACUUCCUAUGGCCUGGCUGCUGGAGUUUUUACUAAAAAUAUGGACACUGCCAACACCUUGAUGCGAGCAUUGCAAGCUGGAACGGUAUGGAUCAACUGCUAUGAUGUCUUUGAUGCAGCAAUACCUUUUGGUGGAUAUAAGAUGAGUGGUCAAGGGAGAGUAAGGGGAAUCUACAGCCUUAGAAGCUACCUUCAAGUUAAAGCUGUUGUCACUGCUUUGAAGAAUCCCGCAUGGCUGUAGUUUUCCCACUACCUAAGUGUUCAUGUUCAUAAUGUCUUAUCUAGAAAAAAAACUACAUCUUUCAUGGAACAUUCCUAAGGCAUUGAAUUAGCCAAAGUUAUUACACAACUAAAGCUUUUCUGUGCCAAUCUUUGCUAACUCAACUUACCUUCUGUUAGAAUAUCA